AGGGCGACGAACGAAUCACAGUCACGGCAGUACGAUUGCAUCUUGCUGUUUGGCACUUUCUUCGGGGAGGGGAUUGGUUGAUCAAUCCCGUUGGUUGACUCGCAUCCUGACGCACUAUCUAAUACGUUGGCAACAAAAUGUUCAGAAAGCUGAAGGAUAAAAUUGCCGAAGAAGUCAAACAGUCGCCGCAACGGUUCGAACAGAUAUCGAAGGGAUUGCAGGCUGCUGUUAGCUCUGCAUCCUCAACUACCUCCGAAGUUUCAGGCAGCGAGAACUUUUUCAGCAUCACAGAGGAUGAUACGCCUCAAAAUUCUCCCCAAAAGGGAAACUCGAGCACUCCUGCACAGCCUAACAGCUCCUUGGCCAACACAUCGGGCAGCAGUUCCGUACCAUCGAACACCAGCCUUAAUAAUGGUGUGUCCUCAUCAACAACGGUCACAAGCCCAGGCUCAGCAACCGGUAACAGCUCUGCUGGUUCUACAUCUCAACAGCAGCGCACACGCCGUCUGUCGAACUCGUCGAUGGCAAGCGAUGUAUCGUUCCGUCUUCCAGUAUACGACUCACCCGCAAUCUAUCAUCUCGAAACGGAUGUGGACAUAUCGGCGAGUGAGACGGAAUCGGUGUCCGGAAGCGCUAACGCCAACCAGCUAGACCUGGUGAGCAAGGACAAGCUUUUCCAGGCGUACAAAAAGGCACUGGAUCGGUAUCAAAAGUAUCGGGAAAGGUACACCGAGCUGGCCCGUCGCUACCGUGAGCUUGAAAAAGAUAACACCAAGGCUCGAGCGGUGCUGGUCGAAACACAAGAUAAAGCACUGCGCCGUAUGAGUGAAUUACGGGAGCAAUGUGUGCUAGAGCAACAGGCCAAGGCGCAUCUCGAUUCGGCGCUAAGGAUGGAAAUUGAUGAACUCCAGUGUGUGGUGAAGACACUCCGUUCGAAGCUGGAACUGGUCGGUGAGAAUGGGAAUAUUAGCGGCGGAGAAAAGGAUCUCAUCUCGCUCUCCGGUGAAGACGGUACCAAUGGAAACGAUGGACAUGUACCAGUGCGCGACACUGGCCCAUUGGAAGAUCGAAUUAAGGCACUUGAAUCGAAGCUCAACGACGAAUUGCGCCAGAAAGCCGUGCUGAGCCUGGAAGUGAGUGAGCUAAAGAAACGGGAAGAAGAGCACACGAUCACAAUAGCGGAAAAUAAGAUGGCAAUUCAUUCCGAACUGGAAGCGAAGGAGGCUGAAGUGCGGAAACUGAAAGAACAGCUAGCAAGCUUGGAGAAGAACAUGAAGCAGACGCUGCUCGAAAAAGACGGCCUAGGAAAGGAGCUGUCCGAAGUGCGCAAGGUUGCCGGGAAGGUAAAGGAGCUCGAAAGUACGCUCAGUACGUGCAACGAGCAGAAAAACAAACUUGAGUCGAAGUUUAUUGAUUUCGAGCGUACGAUUAUGGAGCUGGAAAAAGACAAGCAGCAGCUGAAGGCAACCAACCUAACGCUGGACUAUGAAAAGGGCGAGUUGCAAAAGAAAGGAACCGAUUUCGAAACGAAACUGUCGACGUUGGAAAAAGAGAAGGAAAGUUUACUGGUUCAAGUGCAAGAGCUGCAAAAAACGGCCCAAUCAUUGGACAAAAAGGUUGAGAUUGACACGCUAAAGCUGGAGCUGGAAGAGGCCAAAAAGCGUGAAACAGAAUCCAACGAGAAGAUUGCUACGGUCCAAAAGCGACUAAGCGAAAAGGAAACUGAACUGUCCGAGACUAAAUCCUCCCAGGAAGCGCUGGAACGGCAGGUGAAACUCACCGAAGAACGUUUGGCCGAACGGGAACAGGAAAUCGAACGGUUACAGAAGCAGCAAACAGAGCAGAACGGUAAGGAGCGUGACGAAAGCGCGAAAAAACUACAAAAAGCCGAAGAAGAACUUGCUGCUUUCCGCAAAACGCAGUCCAUCGAUCAGGAGAAGCUACUCGAACUGACGAAAGCGUUGGAUGCAGCGAAGGAACUUCACGAUCGCGAUCGUAAAAGCAACGAAAGCGGUCUGAAAGAGUUGGUCGAACGCAAUAACGAACUGUCCGAACAGCUGGAACAAUUGCAGGAGAAAUUGGAGAAGAUGAGCGUUAAGCAGAAGAAGCAAACGGAGGAGAAGAAUGGUUUGCGAGCGACAAACGAUGAUCUGUCGAAAGAAUUGAAGCAAGUGCGUCAGGAGCUGAAACAACUUACCGCCCAAAAGCAAACGCUUGCCGAGGAAGUUCGCAAUCUGAAAAUAAUCAAUGAAAACUCCGAAUCGGAAGCACUCCGUUCAUUGCAAGAGUCAAUGCGUGCUUCCAUGGCGGCGGCGGACACGAAGCUGCUCGAAACGACGCGUGAUUUAAAUCACGUUCUUGAGCUAAAAUCGGACGAAAACCGAAGGCUCGGCGAAGAGCGAGAUGAGCUGGUGGAGAAACUAGAGACUGCUCACAAGGAAAAAGCGGAUCUUGAGACGGAGGGUACCAAUUUGCGGUCAAAGAUUGAAACCAUUCGUGGGGAGAAGCGUGAUCUAGAGAAAACGCUUGAGCGUGAGAUACGAGAGAAGACGGAGCUGAAGGCACAGGUCGAAAACAUUUUGCAGGAGAUUGGUCGACUAGAGGAGCAAUUAAAGGACAUCAAGGAGUCACAUUCCAAACUGCAGGAGGAGAAACAGACGCUAGAAGAGAAAAUCGAACGGUUGCAGCGGGAGCACUGUGAAUCACGGGUGAAGCUAGAAAAGGAUACGCUUGGCAAGCUGCAAACGAAGGUGAAAGAUCACGAGACAAAGCUCCAGCAGGUGGAGUGUGAAAAUUCUCAGCUGGCAGAGAAAAACUGCCUGCUCGAGGAAAGUAGCCGACGGACGGGUGAGGAGCUAAAGAAGCUAACUGCGGCAUUACGCGAAGCGGAAGGACGCGUUCAGGAGGAAAAGGAUAAAAGUGGCCGGCUGGAGGAACAGCUCAGUCAGUGUACCGGUGAUCAUGCACGGCUGUUCAACGAAAAGGAGCUGCUGGACCAUCAGCAUCGUUCGCUGCAGGAUGCACUGGAAGCUCGGGAAAAGGAGAAACUGUGCGUGCUUGAUACGAACAAAUGUCUCGAGGACGAACUGACAAAGCUGCGCAGCGAGAACGACUACCUCAAGGGGAAGCAUAACGAGCUGAAGGCUUUGCUGGAGAGCGACAAACGAAGACUGAUGGACCAGAACGAUGCACUGCAGCGACAGAUGGAGGAGCUGGCCAAGGAGAAACAGUCGCUCGGACGGAACGCGACCGAUCUCGAGAAGCGGCUGGCAAGCUACGAAGAGGUUAAGAUCGAGAAUGAAUAUCUGAACACUUUCAACAAACAACUGCAGGGCGAACUGCAGGAAGCUAAGGGACGUUUGACUACGAAAGAAAGCGAACUGACUGCAAUACGCACGAAACAAUCCCAAACGGAAACGAUGCUGGAAGAGCGGGAUCAGGAAAUUACGAAGCUCAUCAAUGAGUUUGUAGGGAAGGAAAAGAAACAAGAGGCGGACCAGCAACAGCGGCUUGAAGAGGUGCAACAGCGACAUCAAACGGAGCUAGAUGCUUUAACUGAUCGUGUACGAGGAGAGUGUGACAAAGGUUUUGCUGACGAGCGGAAAACGCUCAAGGAAGAACAAAACGCUUUAGAGCAACAGUUGCAGGAGGCACACAAGAAAAAGGACACGUUAGAACAGCAGCUAGAAGAGUUGCGUCAGAAGGGGGACGUAGAAAAGGAGCUACGAUUGGAGAACGAAAACUUUGCCCGGGAUUUGGACGAGCUGAAGAACGAACUGAACGCAGCGAUCGUAGAAAAGCUUGGACAGGUGAAAGAACACGAGCAAGCUCAACAGAUGCUGCAGGUCGAAAAACAGCGGCUAGAAGCGGACAACGAACAGUUGCGUACCCGUUUGGCAGAAUUUACCACCGAAACGGAGCAAAAUGUUCGGCGGUUCGAGGCAGAAAUUGAGCAACUAAAGCGGGACGCAUCUGUGUCCACUGCAGGAACGAACGCUGAGGAGGUAACGGAUAACGCUGGCACAGCAGUGUCGGCUGAGCUUCAGCAGUCGCACGAUGAGUUGCGGAAUAAAAAAGAGGAACUCGAAAACAAGUUGAAAAAGAUUAUGCACGAGGUACAGGACGUCUCAAAUCGGAAUCUGUUUCUGGAGCAGAAGUGUGAAAAUUAUCUUAUCCUCGAACAGUCGAACGAGCGGUUAAAACUUGCGAACGAUAAACUUUCCCGGCAGCUGGACGAAACAUUGGUUUCCAUGCAUCACAAUGAAGGAAUUGCCGCUAAUACCGAGUUCGAGUACUUAAGAAACAUUCUAUUCCAGUAUCUCAGUGGAAGCGUUACGGGAAACAACAGCACCCUUGUGAAGGUGAUAGCGGCUGUCCUGAAGUUUUCACCGCAGCAAACGCAGGUUGUCAUAGAGAAAGAGGCCCAUCGGAGAUCAUUGAUGGGACAGAUAAACAAUCUACUAUAGCAGGAAAAGACGAUGGCAAUGCAACAGUCCCAGAAUAACCAGUAUCGCAAGGGAGGAUAUGGUUUUCAAUUUUUCUAAUACGCGAUACGUUCAAUUCGUCCGAUUGUUUAAUUUUUUUUUAUCAUAUUGACGGCGUUACCGUGCGGUAGGAGAGAUCGUAUUUAUAUAGUUGUUAUAUUAUUGCUCAUUUACGUAGUGUACUGUUAAGGAGCUACGCGUGAACUAACCCCCUUUGUCUAUAUUAUUCUUUUUGUUGACGGUUUAGUUAAACACUUGAAUUCAGCUACAUUUUCCGUUCCCAUUACUGUGUUGUGUAACGUGAGUUGGAAUGUUUUAUUUCUCACUAACCCCCCCCCACUGACAUGUUUCUAAGUCCAAUGUUGAAACGGAAAGGCGUGUGAGAGCGAAAGGAAAUUAGAAGCAAAGUAAACAUGAUUACAAAUCAAAAAGUUCCUCCUACAGGGAGAAGCCGUAUGAUAAACGGAACUGGCUACAGACAGGCAAAGCAAAUGUGUUCAUUCGUCCGUAUCCCGAAGCGAGCGAUCGACUUUUAACACAGGAUAAUUCUCACAUCAGCCAAUUAACUAUUACGAUACUAUCUUGAAGAAAGUGUUAGUAUUUAGCAUUUGAAAGAAGCAAAAAAAAGAAAGACGUGUGGAUAAAACCGAACUCACCAAACUUACCGAACCAGCUGUGUAUGCCUAGCGCGUGUGUAUAGAUCUUUAUCUAGCAAGCAUAACAUAUAAUCUAGUUAAUUUCUUCCUGGCCAAGCGUAUUCGUUUCGAAUUCCGAUAAUUCCGCCGGCGUAGCAAAGGGUUAGUUGGAAUUCAAAAUGAUCGAAAACUAAAAAUGUAUAGCAUAGGGAAAUACGAGGAAGAGACAAACUUCCUUAAUCUGUUAAUCUUUCGUUUGAAUGCGAACACUAAUAAUGCAUUUUAAUCAAACUAUGGUUGUUUCUAAUAACUUACCCUUGUUCUUUCCAUUUUGUUCGUUUGUCCCUACCAGUGGGCUUUAGAUGUGAGCAUUUCUUUUUUUUUGUAAGCUCAUGCAUAUUAUGUGACCUUCCGUU